AUGACGGCUCUACCUUAUGCCGUAGAUGCGGAAAGCCCGCUGAAAGAUGCGGAACUCCAAACGUUGCGCGCACAAUAUGAGAAAGAGGGCGAGAUGGCCGGUAUCCAAACAAAAUUCAACUACGCAUGGGGCCUGAUCAAGUCGAAUACUCGAAGCGAUCAACAGUUAGGUGUGCGUCUCCUCUCGGACAUAUUUCGAGUAUCGCCCGACCGCCGACGUGAAUGUCUCUAUUACUUAGCACUCGCCAACUUCAAGCUUGGAAACUAUGGGGAGGCAAGACGCUAUAAUGAUUUGUUGCUGGAUAAGGAACCUGCCAAUCAUCAGGCGGCAGACCUGCGCAAAUUGAUCGACGACAAGGUAACAAAAGAGGGCCUUAUGGGUGUUGCGAUCAUAAGCGGUGUCGCUAUCGCGGCUGGCGUGGUUGGUGGAAUUCUGUUCCGCGGCAAGAGGCGGUAG